AUGGUCUCCUUCAACUCCCUCCCGACAGAGAUAAUUCUCAACAUCGCCUCCUGCCUACGCCCCUCAAUUUCUUCACUAAAUGCGCUCUCACAAACAGAUAAACGACUGUAUUCCACUCUCGAACGGUUUUUGUAUAUAGAAGAUGUACAGCAUCAUCAAUCAUCGAGUGUCUACUGGGCUGCCGAGCAUGGAAAUCUUACCACAUUGCGCAAAGCAAUCAAGCUCGGAAAAGCGAAAAUUCCUACUCGUGGAGAUUACGCCUCCAGAUUGGACGAUGGAAGUCCACGCAAAGUUAUCACCACAUGGGGGAAUAGAGGGCAGCUCUACGGGAGCAUUGCUCCGAGUCAUCAUUGGGACAUUGAUAGAGACCAUCCGAUCUGCAUUGCGACUCAGAAUGGACGAGAGGAGGUGGCCAAGUGUAGUCCUGAUAUCCGGGAUCGGGAUGACUUCUGUCUGUUGUCUCUAGCAAUAGCAAAUGGAUCGAACAGGGCGAUGAUCAGGACUUUCAUAGAUUUGGGCGUUCAUCAAUAUACUCACGGCGCUAAUUCUUUCUUCCCUCUUCAUAUUGCCGCGUUUAAAGCCGACCAGGAAACAGUGGGAUUAUUGCUGUCAAGCACUAAACGAGGAUAUCUCCCGUACCAUAUCCAAAGAGCUUUCCAAGUUGCACUGUCGGCUGGACAUGCACAGGUGGCUUUACAAUUGUUUGACUAUGGCGGCGUGAAUUUGAACUGUUAUAUGGAUCGAUGGACCACUGAUAGAAAACACUACUCGCAGCCUCCGUUAGCAUGCGCGGUACUCCAAGACAAUUUCGAGCUCGCUGAGAAGUUCUGCGAUAAUGGUGCUGAUGCAGAUAUGGCUUCUGCAUCCGGGGGACGGGUGGCUCUCUUCCACGCUGUUGAGAGAAAAAACCUAGAGAUGGUGGACCUUCUAGCGAAACGGACCACAGAUAGUAUCGCCUGUACGAGGGCGUUAUCACUGGCCGUGCAAUGCGCGUCGUCAAUUGAUGACCCUGCCUCGCCCGAACAUCAGAUUGUGGAGAUAUUGUUGAAUCAUGCCGUGGACUGCAACUUUGAUGAUGAAGACAUCCGGCAGCCGUCUAAUCAACCCCAGUUUCUAGGUCCACUUGAUUCAAUGGCAUGCAUAAUGUCAAACCACAGCACGGAAAAUGGAAAAUUUAUACCGCCGAUCGUCCAUGCAGUCCAUAAAGGAAACUUGAGGCUGGUAAAAUUACUGCUUUCAUUUGGCGCAGAUGUGAAUACCGGCUACCGCGGACUGCUGGAGACAAGCUCAAAACUCUGCUGCGGGAGAAUUUUGUCGUUAGCCAAGGAUCUUGGACAUCAAGAUAUUGCAAAUUUCCUGGUGGAGUCUGGUGCAGAUCCGGCUAUGGGACCUCCACUACCAGAUGACAGGCUGAAAUGUAAUAGCAGGAAAUGUCCUAUGUGGCUAGAGAGAUUGGAGAGGCAAUGGAGGGAAGCGAAUCCUUCAGCAGAGGUGCCAGCUGUAUAUGCGGCGCGACCAAAUGGUCAAACGUGA